AAACAGGAUUGCAUUAGCGGGGUUACACCUUUGCGGAGGGAGUACAAUGGUGGUUCGGCUCCUGAUGAAACCCACCUGCGUUCUCUGCAGCCUUUUAGGGCUCCUUGCUUUCGUCGUCGCCGGCCAAUGCACUCACAGCCCUGAGCCGGACCAACGGUGGAUGCUGCCCCCAGGCUGGGUGUCCCUGGGCCGCGUGGACCCUGAGGAAGAGCUGAGUCUCACUUUUGCGCUGAAACAGCAGAACGUCGAAAGACUCUCGGAGCUGGUGCAGGCUGUGUCGGAUCCCAGUUCUCCUCGAUAUGGAAAGUACCUAACCCUGGAGGAUGUAAGUGAGCUGGUCCGACCAUCUCAACUGACUUUUCACACUGUCCACAAAUGGCUCUCAGCAGCUGGAGCCCGGAACUGCCGUUCAGUGGUCACGCAGGACUUUCUGACUUGCCGGCUGAGUGUCUGGCAGGCUGAGCAGCUGCUCCCUGGGGCUGAAUUUCAUCGCUAUGUCGGGGGACCUGCGGAGACCCGCGUUGUAAGGUCCCCGCAUCCCUACCAACUCCCCCAGGCCUUGGCCCCUCAUGUGGAUUUUGUGGGGGGACUGCACCGUUUCCCCCCUAUAUCAUCUCUGAGACAACGGCCAGAACCGCAAGGGGUAGAAACUGUUGGCCUGCACAUGGGAGUAACUCCGUCUGUGCUCCGUCAGCGGUACAACCUGACAGCACAAGAUGUGGGCUCUGGCACCACCAACAAUAGCCAAGCCUGUGCCCAGUUCCUGGAACAGUACUUCCACAACUCAGAUCUGUCCGUGUUCAUGCGCCUGUUCGGUGGUGGCUUUGCGCACCACACAUCCGUAGCCAGAGUGGUUGGAAAACAGGGGCGAGGCCGAGCUGGGAUCGAGGCCAGUCUAGAUGUAGAGUACCUGAUGAGCGCUGGUGCCAACAUCUCCACAUGGGUCUACACGAGCCCUGGCCGCCAUGAGGCACAGGAGCCCUUCUUACAGUGGCUCCUGCUUCUCAGCAAUGAGUCAACCUUGCCACACGUACAUACUGUGAGUUACGGAGAUGAUGAGGACUCUCUUAGUAGCAUCUACAUGCAGAGAGUCAACACUGAGUUCAUGAAGGCUGCUGCUCGUGGUCUCACGCUCCUUUUUGCCUCAGGUGACUCUGGAGCUGGGUGUUUGUCUGUCUCCAGAAGAUACAAGUUCCGUCCUAGCUUCCCUGCUUCUAGCCCUUAUGUCACUACAGUAGGAGGCACCUCCUUCAAGAAUCCCUUCCUCAUCACAGAUGAAGUAGUUGACUAUAUCAGUGGUGGAGGCUUCAGCAAUAUUUUCCCACAGCCUUCCUACCAGGAGGAAGCAGUAGCCCAGUUCUUGAAGUCCAGCGCUCAUCUGCCACCGUCUAGUUACUUCAAUGCCAGCGGCCGUGCCUACCCAGAUGUUGCCGCACUUUCUGAUGGCUACUGGGUGGUCAUCAACAAGAUCCCCACCCCGUGGGUAUCUGGAACCUCGGCCUCUACUCCAGUGUUUGGGGGAAUUUUAUCCUUGAUAAAUGAGCACAGGAUCCUCAAUGGCCGCCCCCCUCUUGGCUUUCUCAACCCAAGGCUCUAUCAACAGCAUGGGACAGGACUCUAUGAUGUAACCCGUGGCUGCCAUAAGUCCUGCCUGAAUGAAGAAGUGGAGGGUCAGGGUUUCUGCUCUGGUCCUGGUUGGGAUCCUGUGACAGGCUGGGGAACACCCAACUUCCCAGCACUACUGAAGACCCUUCUUAACCCUUGACCCUUUCCUGCCCUGCUGGGAAAGCAGAACUGUCCCCUGUACUACAGGAGAAGGCUCAGUUCCUUAUUAUUGCUCGACAGAAGCCCUGCUGAAUGCUUCCUUGUGGCCUGCUGCAGGCAUCUUCUCCCUAACCCUCAAAUGCUGGGAGCAGGACUCGACUGGAACCCUACUGUGCUCCAUCAAACUCAGGUCUCCUAAUUUCUGCCUCGAGAUCCUCAACAAGAUGCUAUAACCAGCAUCUCUUGUCUUGCCCCAACCCCCAUCUCUUUUUCCCUCUUUCCAACUUGAGAAGUGAAAGCAGGGGCUGAAGGGCGGUCUUCCAUUACUGACACCAGCCAGCAGGCCUAUCCAAUGCUUACCACCUCUGCACCGACUUACGCUCUGUUUCUCUUAAGUUGGUUUCUCAGUUCACAGUAUUGAGACCUUUGCACUAAUCAUUUAGUCCAGGGAGCAAUGGUCUCCCUGAUGUUUUCUAGUAUACACUUUUCAAUCUUUGUUUUAUGGCCAUUUUGUUUGUUUGCUUGCUUAAGAACAGGUUGGCAACAAUCUAUAUACAUCGUCUAAAAAAAGUUAAAAAUUUGUAAACUUAAAAUGUUUUAAAUAUGUUCUCAUUGGCAAAAUUUCUCAACAAAAUAAACAGGUCAUUACAAAAUUU